GCAGUGUUUGGGCACGCUCGCUGGCCGGAGGGGUCCUUUGUUGAUGACGUCGCUGGUGAUUUGGAAGAUGUUGUAGCCGAAACUUGACCAGCGCAGCGUUGUGUUUCAAGUUGAUGUUAACUAAUGUCUACAAAUGCGUAGUAGCUACUAUAAGCUCCAAAAUGGCACAAACUGCUCAUAUACUAAAUUAAAAGCUUCAGGUCUAAAGACUAAAGCAGACUCCGCUGGCUCAGCCAUGCCUCAGAAACUCCAGAAGAAUGCCCAGACUGCACAUUACAUCGAGCUGGGAGGUUAUCAGUACUGGCCUGUGCUGGUGCCCCGCGGCAUCAGACUCUACACCUACGAACAGAUCCCGGGGUUUCUGAGGGAGAACCCUUACAUCACAGAUGGAUACAGAGCGUACCUGCCCUCCAGGCUCUGCAUUAAAAGCCUCUUCAUUCUGUCCAAUGAGACGGUGAAUAUCUGGAGCCACCUGCUGGGCUUCCUGCUCUUCUUCUGUCUCGGGGUGUACAACAUGGCCUCCGUGCUGCCGGCCUUCGGCGCCUCCAGAGAGGACUACGUCAUCUACUCCAUCGCGCUCUUCUGCUUCCAGCUGUGUAUGCUCUGCUCGGUGGGUUACCACCUGUUCUGCUGCCACCGCUCGGAGAAGACCAGCCGCCGCUGGAUGGCGCUGGACUACGCGGGUAUUUCCAUCGGCAUCCUGGGCUGCUACGUCCCCGGAGUCUUCUACACCUUCUACUGCAAUAAUUACUGGCGGCAGGUGUACCUGGUGACGGUCCUGGCCAUGAUCCUGGCCGUCUUCUUCGCUCAGAUCCACCCUCAUUACCUCAGCAAGCAGUGGAAGCAGCUGCGCUCGCUCAUCUUCUGCUCGGUGGCCGGAUACGGCCUCAUCCCCACCGUCCACUGGAUCUGCAUCACCGGAGGCUUCUCCUCCGAGCUUGUCCAGGCUUUUGUGCCUCGGGUCCUGGGGAUGUACUUAAUCGCCGCGUUAGCUCUCAUUUUCUACGUUUCAAAAGUCCCUGAACGUUACUUCCCAGGUCAGCUGAACUACCUGGGCUCCAGUCACCAGGUGUGGCACAUGCUGCUGGUGCUGAUGUUUUACUGGUGGCACCAGUCGUCAGGCUUCAUCAUGGCGUACAGACACAGCCAGCCGUGUCCCGACAGCCCCCAACACGCGUAGGACGCUGCUCAGCACGCUGGGAGACUCUGUUAUAAUGUAAGCAGCUGCUCCACUCAUCAUUAUACACAGGUUUACAGCUGUUAUAUUCAUAGAUAUUUGAUAUUUCUCCUUUUGGUUUUACUGAUUUUUCAAAUAUUGUGGGACAUAUUCUGUCUUAAAUGCUAUGUUUACUCCCAGUAGAGAGGAGCAGCGGUUUAAAGCUGAACUCCUGUCAACUCAAGCUAUUUUCUGUUAAAUUUUCUAGGGCUGUAGUCAACCAAAGAAAAUC